GCCCUGCGCGGCGGCCGAGGCCGGAGCCGGGGCGGGAGCCGGGUUGGCCGCGCACCCUGGCAGGAUGUCGGGGUCGCGCUGCCAGACGCUGUACCCUUUCUCCGGGGAGCGGCACCGGCAGGGCCUGCGCUUCGCGGCGGGGGAGCUGAUCACGGUGCUGCAGGUGCCGGACGGCGGCUGGUGGGAAGGGCAGAAGGAGGACGGGCUGCGCGGCUGGUUCCCGGCCAGCUACGUGCAGCUCCUGGAGCAGAAACCCAGAAAAGCAGCUCCUCAGGCAGAAGAUACCUUGAAUGGACAUCUUCCCCCCGGCUGGCAGAGCUAUAUGUCACCCCAGGGACGAAGGUACUAUGUGAACACCUUUACGAAUGAAACGACCUGGGAGCGGCCAAGCAGCGUGCCUGGGACUCCAAAGAGCCCUGUGUCACAGAAGAGUUCUGCAGUGAAUGGCUACUACAUCUCUGGGACCCCGGUACACCAGCUCGACUCUGGUCAUAUGAACCUCCGAAAAGCCAGUGGGGAUCCACAGACUCCGGGGUCCCCGGCGGCGCCGAGGCGGCAGAGCAAGGAGAGCAGCCUGACGAUAAACUGUGUGACUUUCCCCCACCCUGACAUAAUGCCAGAGCAGCAGUUGCUGAAACCUUCAGAGUGGAGCUACUGUGAUUAUUUCUGGGCUGAUAAGAAGGAUUCACAAGGGAACAAUACAGUGUCGGGAUUUGAGAUUCUUCUUCAAAAGCAACUGAAAGGGAAACAAAUGCAGAAAGAAAUGGCAGAGUUUGUUCGAGAAAGGAUAAAGAUUGAGGAGGAAUAUGCGAAGAACCUGUCCAAGCUGUCUCAGAAUUCCUUGGCUGCUCAGGAAGAAGGCACACUAGGAGAGGCUUGGGCUCAGCUAAAGAAAAGUCUAGCUGAUGAAGCAGAGGUUCACCUCAAAUUUUCUUCCAAGCUUCAGAGUGAGGUAGAGAAGCCACUGCUCAACUUCAGAGAGAAUUUUAAGAAAGACAUGAAGAAGUGUGACCACCACAUUGCAGACUUACGGAAGCAGCUGGCCAGCCGCUACGCAGCAGUUGAAAAGGCCCGGAAAGCCUUGACAGAGAGGCAGAAGGAUCUGGAAAUGAAAACACAGCAGCUAGAGGUGAAACUCAGCAACAAGACAGAAGAGGAAAUUAAGAAGGCGAGACGGAAGUCCACUCAAGCAGGGGAUGACUUGAUGCGCUGCGUGGAUCUUUACAAUCAAGCCCAGUCCAAGUGGUUUGAAGAAAUGGUGACUACCACUCUGGAGCUUGAGAGACUAGAAGUUGAAAGGGUGGAGAUGAUUCGGCAGCAUCUUUGCCAGUAUACACAGCUGCGGCAUGAGACAGACAUGUUCAACCAAAGUACAGUAGAGCUCGUGGAUCAGUUGCUUCGGAAAGUGGAUCCUGCCAAAGACAGGGAACUGUGGGUAAAAGAACACAAAACUGGAGAUAUCCGACCUGUGGACAUGGAAAUAUAGACUGAUCUUUAGUUGUAUGUCAUGAGUCCACUGAAUUAAUCCAGCUAAUGUUUGCUUUUUAAGGGUCAGAAGAGCAUAGGGAAAAGGUUGUUCCACUAUCAGACACCUUGUAAUUUAUGCCUGUACAGGCCAUCUCUGUUACAUUUAGUCAUUAAAAUGGUCCUCAUUGUGCUAAGCCUUAAGCACCAGACAUUCCAGGAUGAAGAAACCAGAUGUGUGCUUCCCACCAGAGGUUCCCAAUUGCACGCAGCUUCCAGAAGAAAUCUGCUUUCUGGUACAAGGAGAGCUCUGUUCUUCAGUGACUUUGUGCUACAUCCCUUGCAUGACUAUCUUUAUACAGUAUGUUAGAACAACCAUGCAGUGAGCCUCUGGCCAGCAAGUGAAUAACUAAACAUGAUGCAGGAGGCAAGGAAGUCCUGAUCAUGAAUCCCACGUCUGUCACUGACUGCUUUCAUGGCUAUAGGCAAAUCAAUUAACUUUUCCGGUUCCCCCAUCUAUAAAACACAUAUCUUGCAGCAAUGUUGUGCAAAUACAUUUAUUUCAUAUAACACAGUUUCCCACCAAGACCCUUCUCCUGAUAUCUAUGGAGAAGAGUCCUGUUCUUCCUGUUUUACACUCCCUCUCAGGGAUACAUAAACCCAUUGUCAUCAUGAUUUCUGUUCCAGGCCAAUCAAUAAGGUUGAAAGUGUUACUAUCACUGUUAUUUAUAAGGAAAGACUUGGUCGUGCUAUACCUACCUCAUUAGCUGUCUGAGUGCCCUCAAUGACAGAAAGAGGUUAUAUACCAAGGAAUAAAUGAGAUACUCAAAACCUU